AACAAGUCGUACUACAAAUAGAAAAAUAAAUUACAGUUAUAUAAAUAAAUAAUAAAAUAUUUUCAGAAAUAGAAGUGACACACAAUCUCCGCUAAGAAUAGUUUUUUGUGACUUACCUAUUCAAUGUGUUAAUAUACACUCAAAACCUACUAUACAGCAGAGAGACUUCUCUGGUUACUUAUUUAAGUAUUUUACAUUUUUACUAGUAUUUGUACAGUUAUACACAUCCUUAAUUUAAAUUAUUAAGUAUCCCAUACCUUGUACAGCGUCCUAUGUUAAUAACAUUUUAAAAGAAAGUUGAUAAGUAUAAUCGUACAAAUUCGUAGGUACAUAAUUUAUUUAUUCACUUAUUCUCAGGUCCAUUAAAACCACCCAACUUUAACUCUCAAACAAACGAAUCCACUGCCUCCUCCAGCCACUCUUUUCUCUUAUUUUCUCGAACAUUUUCAAUCAUUCAUUACACCAUUAAUAAAUCUCCUCACAACUCUAAUAAAUAAAAUUAUAACCAAAAAUGACAACUAAUUCAAACGUAAAUCAUAAUUUAUCAAUUUAAUCUUGGAAUGUCAAUGGUCUCAGAUAACGCUAAAUCCCAUUACAUAGAAUUCCACUCCAAACUUCGCGCUCAUUCAAAUCCACUAAUUAAAAAUCUAACCACUACCACACUUAUUCCUAGAAGGUUAAAAAGAAAAUAGCCAAGAUACUUGCUCAAUGCUUAAAAAAAUACUAUUAACUAACUAAAAACUAAAAAAAAAAAAACCAAAUUUAAAUUUCUGGUCAGGUGGCACUUCUGGGAGCCUUCCUAUUAAUGUUAUUAUGUCAACACACUUACUCAUUACACCUUUGUCACGUAUAGAUUGUAAAUAUAUAUAAAAAAAUGUAUUUAUUACGUUUCAGAAUAAGUAUUUAUAACUAUUACAUCCAUCCUAGUUCCUACUCAAUUUUAAUAUCUGGGGUUAGACUCUAGAGUAUUUAUGUAAAAUACAAAUAAUUGACCGAGUGCCAUAGUUUUUAUUAUUCGUUUAUUUUUUAGUAUUAAUAUAAUUAUUGUUUUACAAAAAUAUAAUUAAUAAAGUUUAUAAUUUAUGUACUUUAAAACAUAUGAAUGAAAUAACUAUUAAUUCGAGCUAGAAUCUAGAAAUAUACUAGCUGAAGGGGACUUUGGAAUUUAAAAAAAUAGCGUCAGUUUUCUCAUUUCGAAAUAUUUCCUUCUAAAUAUAUAAUCAACAGCUUAAAACUUACUACUUUACAAGUUGAUAAAUACCUACUCAAAAUUUUAAUUGACACAUCCACCUAAUGAUUAUAAAAUGGGAAUGAAUCGGAAAGUAAAUAAAUUUCCGAGAACUUCGAUCUAUAAAAAUUAAAAUGUUGAACUUGUAGUUUUUAAUCAGUUCGUACUUAAAGUUUUGAUGAGAAGAGUGGAGUGGUAUACAUGUAUACUUUAAUAUACUUUUACUUUCCAUGUUAUAGGAAGUGGGAAUCCCGCAAAAUGUUGGUCCACAUUCUCAUAUUAUACUCAUCUAAAUGACUAAAUCCGUAGUUUCAAGGAGGUACUUAUAAACCUCAAUACAUACUAAUAAUUAACCUGAUCAUGUAGUAACUACUUGUAAAAAUGUGAUUUGUAUACAUUGAAAUUCAGCUUCGGUUACACUUUUUAAAAAUCAUUAGCUGUUAGUGUGUAAAAUUUAACUUAACUAAAUUUAAUAAUACGGAAUAACAACUCAAAGAAAUGUACGCAUUAUGCAUAUUCAUAUUCGACAUAUGAAAUUGAGAAAGCUGGUAAGUAGAUAACGCUUUGCUGUAAAUGAAUUGUCUAGGGAGUCAUUAUAGACUAUAGUCAUUGGUAAUGUACUAAUAUGUAUAUGUUAGUUUUUUUUAUUAACAGUAUGUGUUCAAUUUGAAUUCAAUGAUAUAUAAUGAAUGUAUACGAAAAAACAAUUCUGUGAGAAUACGGAUCAUCAGCCUAUAAUAUUACUAAGUCGUUCAAAUGCAACCACUGUUAAUUGGUUUGAUUUGUGUACAGACAUGUGUUGUUCAUUAUUUGAAAAGCGUCAAAAGAUGGGAGGACAAAAUAUAGUAGUACAAAUGGAUGAAUCAUUAUUGAGAGGAAGAAGAAAGUAUAACCGAGGAAGACUGCUGCUAGGUGAUGGGCGUCAUGAACAAGUACAAGAUAACACCACUGACUCCAAUUCUGACAGUGAUCAAGAAAAUCUAGUUGAUUUUGCCUAUAUUAGACAGAAAUUAUGGUCGCAGACUGGAAGGACCUUAGGUAUUCGGAUUAUGUAGUAAAAUUUAAUAUAAUUUGGAACGAUGGUUUUUUGUUGUAGAAAAACUUUAAUUCCGAUUAUUGAAAAAAGAAAUAUUAUCUGGUUCUAUUAUAAUGUCAGAAGAAUGGAGGGCACAUUCUUGUUUAAAAUAUAGAGGCUAUGAUCAUAGAACAGAACAUCAUUUAAACAAUUUUGUUGAUCCAACUACUGGAGCUCACACACAAGCAAUUGAAUGUUCAUGGGGAGUAUUAAAAACUAAAAUCCUACGAAUACAUCAUCUGAAAUUUUGCCACGUCAAUUAAUUGAGGCAUGGUAUCGAUCUAUUAACAAGCAAGAUACAAUUUAAAAAAAAUUUUUAAGUGACAUUUUAAAAGUAUUAAUUGCCAAACAUAAUUUAUGAUAAAACAAUCUUAUGCCAUUUUGUUAAUAAUUUUUUUUUUACCGAUAUUUUGUUGAAUGAAUUUGAAUGUACUUUGGUACAUCUGUAAUAAUAAAAUAACCUAAUUUUAUGAUUUUUAAUUUGACUGUCAUUGAAUUAAUUAUUGGUCCGGUAGGUCACAUACUAAACAAAUACUCAGUGGACGUAUAAACUAUGUGUUAAUAAUUUACUCUGUCCAAAAUAAACCACUGAUUAUAUUUUUAUAGCUUCAGGGAAGACACAAGUGCACAACUUAUGCAAAUGUCAAUCAAGGAAAUUGCAUUAAAAAGUAAUAUAAAAAUUUGUCAUUGUUGGAAUGAUGAAACUGUUCACUGAAAUGAGACAGAUGUAGGCCACAGUUCGGUGUGUAUGUAGCUACAUCCAUUGUAUAUUAUGAUGCAAGUUACAAAUAUUAUUCAAAACUUAUGUUUAAAUUUUGAAUUUUAAUAAUUUUUUAGUUUAAUAUAUUUUACUA